AUGUGCUGCAACUACUACGGGAACUCCUACGGGGGCUGUGGCUACGGCUGUGGCUAUGGCUCUGGUUAUGGCUGUGGCUAUGGCUCUGGCUAUGGCUGUGGCUAUGGCUGUCGCUAUGGCUCUGGUUAUGGCUGUGGAUAUGGCUCUGGCUACGGCUGUGGCUAUGGCUCAGGCUCAGGCUGUGGCUAUGGCUCCGGCUAUGGCUGUGGCUACGGCUGUGGCUAUGGCUGUGGCUAUGGAUCCAGAUAUGGCUGUGGCUACGGCUCUGGGUAUGGCAGUGGCUGCUGUACCUUCCGACCAUGCUGCUACCGACGAUGCUAUUCCACUUGCUGCUAG